AUGUCGCGUUUCGUUUUUGUGUUUCUGCUCCCCUUUUUCUUUGUCUACGCUAAGCCACACCCUGAGAGGAGGGACCUAAGUGAACACGAUCACAAUGAAAACAAUCCGGAGCUCCAUAAUCUUCAGUAUGACCACGAAGCGUUCCUUGGAAAAGAAUUGGCCGCUGAAUUUGAUAAGCUUACCGAUAAGGAAUCCAAAGAACGUUUGCGCCAAAUCUUUUCAAAAAUAGAUCAAGAUGGUGACAAGUCCGUAUCCGAAGCAGAAUUAAAGCGCUGGAUAUCAUUCGUUUCCAGAACAGCUAUUUUUGCUGAUGCCAAUCGUCAUUGGAAAAAUCUUAAUGCGAACAAGAAUGAGCCCCUUGAGUGGAACGAUUAUUUGGAAAAAACAUACGGGAUCGAAGAAGAAAUAUUUUCGGACCCUGAGCGUCAGCAGCAGUACGUCAAAAUGAAGCGUGAUGAUGAGCGUCGCUGGAGAGUCGCUGACAUGGACUUUGACAAAAAGCUUAGUUUAGAUGAAUACUCUGCAUUUCUACACCCACAGGAUUAUCCGAGAAUGCGAGAUGUCGUCAUUGAGGAAACCCUUAGCAGCGUAGACAAAGACCACGACGGCUAUAUCUCCAUAGAGGAGUAUCUUGCUGAUCUGGCCAAGUCGUAUGGGCGUGCGUUCGACCCGAAGGCACCCUUAGAUGACUGGGCGCAGAAGGAGAAGGAGCAGUUCCUGAAGCACCGUGACAAGAAUGGCGACAAACGCAUGGACCGCCAUGAGGUCGGCGAGUGGAUCAUGCCCACCGACUACGACCCCGUCGAGGCCGAGGCUAAGCACCUCAUUUACCAUGCCGACGACGAUAAGGAUGGAAAGUUACAAGAGAAGGAGGUGUUGGAGCAUCACGCCUUAUUUGUGGGCAGCCAGGCCCUUAAUUACGGACGUCCACUGGGACACGAGGAGCUAUAG